AUGUGUUUAAAAGGUCCCAAAUUCUCCCAUCAUAAUACCAUUAAUAAACGACAGAGACGAAUCGACGAGGAUAAUAAAGAUAAAAGAAUAACAGCAGUUGAAAAGGUAUUUUUGAAUAAUCCCACAACAAUUGUUAAAAGGGAGAAUACUUUAGUUGUACAAUUGCCUGCGGGAAUGUCUCGAUUCAGUUCCAAUAAAACGGGUUACGAUAAGAAACUAGGUUCUUUUGUAUGGACUAUAGAGUGGAUAGUUUUAAAUGAUGAAGGGAAGCAAGUAUCAAAAUUUUUAAGUUAUCGAUUAAAGGAGGGGUUGGCCUUGGAAGAAGCUGUUCCGAUGAAUAUUGUCAAUAACAAUUUCCCAACAGAAAUGGAGAAGCAUCAACUAAAGUUUUAUUUACAUAAUGUCAUAUUUAAGGAAAAGCUAAUUGAAUUGGAUAACAAAAGUACGAUAUCUUCUGCUUUGAAGGAUAUGAUUGUGUUGGAAUACCCGACCAUAUAUAUUGCUGCAAAUGAUGAACAGUUGAGAACAAAAAUAGCUGAUAAGGAUUCAAUUUAUGGAUUACAAGAAGACGAAGAUACAAAGAACUCAAGUGAUGACAGUGAUUCAAGUGAUGGUUCUGAUGACAGUUCCAGUGAUGAGUCCGAUUCUGAUUCUGAUUCAGGAUCAGAUUCAGAUUCUGCUCCAGAAGAGGAAUCUCUGAAAUUGCCCCCACUAAAGACAAGUAUAGAUGACGACAGACGGGUAUUAAAUAAACCUAUUAUAGAAGUUAUAGAAUCAACAAAGAACGAAAAACAGGAAUAA